CAGUGACGCAAACACGUCGGUGCGCGGCGCAUGCGCAGUGUGGCGUAAGGGGGGACGGGCCGUCGAAUGUUUAUGCGCGUAAUGGCGGCGGGCAGGCUGUGAUGAGCCACGGCGAAAAAAACACAGCCAGCGAUCCAGCCCUAGGUCAGUUUCAACACCGGCGACACGGAAGAACGCGAAAAAAAUGCAGAUCACGCUGAAAACCCUCCAGCAGCAGACGUUUAAAAUCGACAUCGACGCGGAGGAGACGGUAAAAGCCUUAAAGGAAAAAAUAGAGAAUGAGAAGGGAAAAGAUAACUUUCCGGUGGCGGGACAGAAGUUGAUAUAUGCAGGCAAAAUCCUGAACGAUGACAUGGCUCUCAAGGAGUACAAGAUGGAUGAGAAGAACUUUGUGGUGGUUAUGGUAGCAAAGGCUAAAGCUACUCCUGCAUCAGCCUCCUCAUCAUCUGUUGCCACGGCGACCAGCACCGCCUCCAGCGCUACAGCGACAGCGAGCCCCACCCCGUCUGCCGACCCGGCCGCAGAAACCCCGUCUGAGAGCGCGGCCAAAGAGGACAAACCCGCCGAGGAGAAACCCUCGCCCUCCUCUACACCCGCCAGUUCUGGUUCUUCACCAAAUGCAAACAUAUUUGAAGAGGCGACAUCUGCGCUGGUGACGGGUCAGUCCUACGAGAACAUGGUGAUGGAGAUCAUGCUGAUGGGAUACGAGAGAGACAGAGUGGUGGCGGCACUGAGAGCUAGUUUCAACAAUCCUGACCGCGCCGUCGAGUACCUGCUCACGGGUAUUCCUGCGGAGGGCGAGGGCAGUGUAGGAGGUGCUGACCCCGUGGCUCCUGCGGGAGGCGCUCCUGCUGCGUCCACAGGCCUCUCUUUACCGUCUAGCACCGCUCUGUCACAGCCCAGCACAGGAUCAGGGGCGAAUCCUCUGGAGUUCCUGAGGAACCAGCCGCAGUUCCUGCAGAUGAGACAGAUCAUCCAGCAGAACCCGUCUCUCCUACCAGCUCUACUACAGCAGAUCGGCAGAGAGAACCCGCAGCUCCUGCAGCAAAUCAGCAGCCAUCAGGAGCAGUUCAUCCAGAUGCUUAAUGAGCCGGGGCAGGAGGCAGGGCAAGGAGGCAGUGGGGUUGUGGCCGAGGCCGGAGGCGGGCACAUGAACUACAUCCAGGUCACACCCCAGGAGAAAGAAGCUAUUGAGAGGGUAAAUUAGACGCAUUGUCACUUUAAGAAUAUUGCUCA